UUAAUUCUUGCUCUUCUCAUGACAAUAGCAUAUUGUACAAAUGAUGCUAUCAAAAAAAAUGUCGAUGAUAUUAGACAAGCCAUCAACAGUGGGCCUAACAAGCAUAAGGCGUAUGAUAAAUUAGCAUACAUCGUUGACACCUUUGGUCCUAGAAUGUGGGCAUAACCAAGUAUGGCAUUAGCUGUUGAUUAUCUUUAUAACUAAAUUCAAAGUUGGGAUGCAACUAAAACUGGUUUGGUGGAGGUUAGAUUGGAAGAAUUGGAUGAAAUAUCAACAUGGGUGAGAGGGAGCGAGUAAUUAAUCUUAAAGAGUCCAAGGAAAAGACCUCAAAAAUUGGGAAUGAUAGGACUCGGCUUAAUUGUACCAGGCAAUAUAAAGGACGGAGAAGUUGUCGUAGUCAGAAACUGGGGUGAAUUGGAUGAGAAGGGUAAAGCCGACAAAAUUAAAGGUAAAUUCAAUAUACAAUCUAUUAUAGGAAAAAUUGUGUGUUAUAAUGUUGCAUGGACUACAUAUGAUGACUUGAAGUUUUAUAGACAACAAGGACCUGAUAGAGCAUCUGCUUAUGGAGCUAUUGCUGUUCUUUUGAGAAGUGUUGCUUCAUUUUCAAUCUAUAGUCCACAUACAGGAAAUGUGAGAUAUUCUGGCACUACUCCUAAGAUUCCUGCAGCUGCCAUCACAGUUGAAGAUGCAGAGAUGCUUCAAAGAAUGUAAGACAGAGGACAGAAGAUUACAGUUGAUUUAGAAUUAAAUAGUGAAAUGAAGGCUUCUAAAAGUCAUAACAUCAUUGCUGAGAUCAAAGGUUAAUAAUAUCCCAAUUAAAUUAUUUUGAUGGGGGGUCAUUUUGAUUCAUGGGACACUGGAAGUUAAACUGGAGCUAUGGAUGAUGGAGCAGGAACUCUAGUUACACUAGAAGCCCUUAAAGUAGUCGCUGAUCUUGGAAUCAGACCUCUCAGAACUUUGAGAUGGAUUGCUUGGAGUGGUGAAGAAAUGGGACUCCCUAAUAAUGGAAAUCAACACUAUGCCAAAUAUCAUGGUGAUGAGGAUCAUGUAGUUGCACUUGAGAAUGAUGUUGGUCAAUUGACAGCCAUAGGAUUUGGUUUUUCAGGAAAAUUAUAAACAAGUAGAAUGGUCAGACAAUUGAUUAUGAACUAUAUUCCUGAAUUGUCAGUUGUCAAUGAAAAUGACGGGUAUAUAUGAAUCGUUUAUGUUAGUUCUGGAGUUGAUACAAAACCAUUAGGGGAUAAAGGAGUACCAUUGAUGAGAAAUAUCUACAAGGAUCCUAAUGAUGAUUAUUACUUCAAAUAUCAUCAUUCAGCUGGAGAUACAAUGAAUAUCUUAAAUCCUGAUGAGAUGGAUUCCAAUGUCUUUGCUAUCAGUUCAAUGAUGUACAUCAUUGCUGAUAAUCCUGAGAGAUUGCCAAAAUGAUUAAUC